GAAAGAAGCAAUGAGAGGACGAAGCUUGACACUCUCAAGAGUAAAGCUCGAGCUUGCGAGAAGAAGCAUGUCUGCAACAUCCGUACCUUCAAUGGCGGAUUUUCUCACCAAAAAACCUUACUCUCCUCCUUCUUGGGCUUCUCAUCUUCGUCCGCUUCCUUCUCACACUUUCUCCCUCGCUCACCUUCCUACUCCGAUCCAUCGAUGGAAUCUUCCUGGUCUUCCUAAUGGCACAGAACUCUGGAUCAAGCGAGAUGAUUUCACCGGAAUGGAAUUGAGUGGAAACAAAGUACGAAAACUCGAAUUCUUAAUGGCGGAAGCUGUUGAUCAACACGCUGAUACUGUAAUCACUAUCGGCGGUAUUCAGAGCAAUCAUUGUCGUGCUACAGCCACUGCAUCUAACUAUCUUAAUCUCAAUUCUCAUCUUAUUCUCCGUACUUCCAAGCUUCUUGCUGAUGAAGAUCCUGGAUUGGUUGGGAAUCUCCUUGUCGAGCGUCUCGUUGGAGCUAAUGUUCAUCUAAUCUCUAAAGAAGAGUAUUCUUCCAUUGGGAGUGAGGCUCUUACUAAUGCUCUGAAAGAGAAACUGGAAAAAGAAGGAAAGAAACCCUAUGUUAUUCCAGUCGGUGGAUCGAACUCUUUGGGAACUUGGGGUUAUAUAGAAGCAGCAAGGGAAAUUGAGGAGCAGCUGAAUUAUAGACCCGAUGACCUGAAAUUUGAUGAUAUUGUGGUAGCAUGUGGCAGUGGUGGUACAAUUGCUGGUAUUUCAUUGGGGUCUUGGUUGGGAGCUCUAAAAGCCAAGGUUCAUGCUUUCUCGGUUUGCGAUGAUCCUGAUUACUUCUAUGACUUUGUCCAAGGGCUUCUGGAUGGACUUCACGCUGGUGUUAACUCUCGUGAUAUCGUCAACAUCCACAAUGCCAAAGGAAAAGGAUAUGCCAUGAACACGUCAGAGGAGCUUGAGUUUGUAAAGAAAGUAGCAAGUUCAACUGGUGUUAUUCUUGAUCCGGUUUACAGUGGGAAAGCUGCGUAUGGUUUGAUAAAUGAGAUCACCAAAGAUCCCAAAUGUUGGGAGGGAAGGAAGAUAUUGUUCAUACACACUGGUGGGCUUCUUGGGUUGUAUGAUAAGGUUGAUCAAAUGGCAUCUCUGAUGGGUAAUUGGUCCCGGAUGGAUGUUUCAGAAUCCGUUCCAAGAAAAGAUGGUGUUGGGAAAAUGUUCUAGCACAACAAAAUCUGAUUUGUAAUAAUCCUGUGAAAAUAAGACAGAUUGAACAAUUUGUGCAUUUGGCAGUGAAUAAACACAUCUCUGUUUUCUAUUCUGAUGUAUUAUGUUCAUAGGCUUGGGACGAUUACGAUAAAUAAAUGGUGUGUCCACACUCUCUUUGUCUGCUAUCGUUUUUCUUCUUCUGUUCAACAUUGUCAGCUGAAGUCAAGCAAUACUGCUUCUCUACCUAAGCAUCAGAACUCCGACGAACAACUCAUAUGUUUCCAGAUAUGUCUGUGUUGUGUUAACCAGACUCAAGAUGCCAUACAGGUCUGUGCUCAGAUACGCUGCUUAUUGAGUCAACACAGUUUCCCUGAUUUGACAAACUAAACUCAUCAUGGAUUCUGCAAAUGAAUAGCUUCAGAAUCCGUGUGUAAAACAUAAUAGCUCACUUUGGUCCAUCAGAGUCUACAUUGCUAACUGGCUUUAGCUUUUUUAAGGAAAUGAAAACAGAAAAGAAGAUCCUAAUGGUCAAGUCUAAGAGUCUAGUUUCAUGUUUCAACCAUUGCAUUUGCUUUCGAUGUUAGUCAGAGUAUACAAAGAUCCAGACAUCUCAAACUUGUAUGUGCUAAUCAGUAAGGUUAGAUUUUCGAUGUAUUUGAGGCAUGGUAAUUGCAACCAACCACUCCAGGGUCCAAAGAGUCUUGAGCAAUUAAAUUUGUAUUCAUUUUUCUUACUGGUCAUAUUUGGAUCAUAUUUCAAUUCUCCAAAGUAAAAGUUAAAUUCACUUAGAGCAAUGCACAUGGCUGAAAUUGACAUGU